UACCACCGAUGAGUUCGAACUUUCACUUCCCUGCACUAUUUGUAGUCCGUGAUAAAGUUGGGAAGUUUUCCUUCUGCCAACGAGAACAGCCGUCUUAACGGGAUUUUUUUGACCAGGAAUGGUCAAUGCAACGUCUAAAGAAGUAGUUCCAGUAGAAAAUGACGAAGAACCAACAAUUUUGUGUGUCGUAAAGGACGAAACAACUGCCGAUUCGACCCACAACAGACACACUGUAAAUCUGCCAGCCUCUUCUCUUGUGAAAGAUUUGUACACUUACGUUGCCAAACAAGUAAGCUAUGUAGAAGACACCUUUCUUCUCGUGUGGAAUAAAUUCGUUGGUGGAGGGAACGAAGAGGUAGUUCUAAAUGAAGAAAAGGCGAAAACUCUUCAAGAAGUCGGCCUGGCUGCCAACGGGAAAAAGAACAGUUUUCUGAUCAAAGAUAAAGAUGGUGAACAACCGAAGAAAACGAAGGAGAAUGAUGAUGAUACAAUUACAGGAAGUGUCACCAACCUGUUCCAAAGUAAUACCAGCUCUUCAAGUAGUUAUUAUUCCUCUUCCAGUGAUAGCUACACCUUGGGAAAGUCUGAAACAGGGUUUGUUGGCCUUGUAAACCAGGCUAUGACAUGUUAUUUGAACAGUCUAUUACAGACAUUGUUCAUGACUCCAGAAUUUAGAAAUGCCAUCUACAGGUGGGAGUUCAUUGGAAGUGAAGAUGAAGAAGCUAAGAGUAUUCCUUAUCAACUUCAAAAGCUUUUCCUCCACUUACAGACCAGCUCCAAAAGAGCUGUAGAGACCACUAAUGUUACCAAGAGCUUUGGAUGGGACAGUAGUGAAGCAUGGCAACAGCAUGAUGUACAAGAGCUGUGCAGGGUCAUGUUUGAUGCUCUGGAAAGCAAGUUUAAAAAUACUGAUCAGGAUGAUCUUAUUAACAAACUGUAUCAAGGGAAGUUGAAGGAUUAUGUGAAAUGCCAGCAGUGUAGCCAUGAAAGUGCUCGGACAGACACGUUUCUAGACAUUCCAUUGGCAAUCAGACCCUUUGGCUCUAAGCAGGCUUUGGGUAGUGUGGAACAUGCCUUGGAGAAUUUUGUUACUGCAGAACUCUUGGAUGAUGCAAAUCAGUAUUUUUGCGAGAAAUGCAACAAGAAAUGUGAUGCCCGCAAGGGUUUGAAAUUUUUAUCCUUUCCAUAUCUUCUGACCUUACAACUAAAGCGCUUUGCAUUUGAUUAUGCAACACUUCAUAGAGUCAAACUGAAUGACAGAAUGACAUUUCCAAAAUAUCUCAAUUUGAAAGACUUCAUAAGUGAAGAUGUGGAGGAGAAUGGUGCAGAAGAAGAUGCUGGUCUAAAGGGGGACUCACCGAGUACAUGUAGCACUGAAACUGACAGUGGGGUGAGUGAAGGCUGUUCUGAUAAUGGUACAUCUACUGAAGAAGACGAUGGGGACUGUGGUAGUAAAGGAAGUAUUCAAGUGGAUGGGACUGCCAAAUUGAAGAAUGAGGAACCAACUGAAGACAUGUUAAAUGGUGACCUGGCACAGAACAUCAAGGGUCCAUAUUGUUACGAGUUAUUCUCCAUCAUGAUUCACUCAGGAAGUGCAUCAGGAGGUCACUAUUAUGCAUACAUCAAAUCUUUCACUAAUGGGGAGUGGUACUGCUUUAAUGACCAGAGUGUCUCAAGGGUCAGUGAUGAUGACAUUGAACGAACUUAUGGAGGAUUUGAAUCAUCAAGGACGUACUAUUCUUCUGUCUACUCCAGUUCAACAAAUGCAUACAUGCUGAUGUAUAGACAAGUCAAUAAUGAAAGAAAUGCCAAGUUCCUAGAGCAGUGUGACAUGCCGGACCACAUAAUGGAGUUGAUGCUAAAACUGAAAAAUCAAGAAGAAGAGGAGAGAAAAAGGAAAGAAAUGGAGAGGUCCAUGUGCAAGAUCAAGAUUUUUUGUCAGCACCCCAGCAAUAAGAGAAUUAUGGAGCAGAAAUUGGAAAUUAACAAGGAUAAAACUUUGAAAGAGGCAGUAUCUGUGGCUCACAAGCUUUUCUCUUUGGAGGGGAUUGUCCCGGCUGAACAGUGUAGAAUUGUGAAGUAUGACGAAUACUACGAUUACAUUGAAAGGUCAUUCGAUGGUGAGGAGGAUUACCCCAUGGGCAAAGUUUUGAAUGGUGUCAAACAGUCCUACAUGUUUGACCUUCUCCUUGAAACAAGAAAGCAAGAUGAAAUAUUUAAACCCUAUAAACCUGGAGGUACAACAGUGAAAGUUCAUGUGGUGCAUCUAGAAAAGGAAAAGGUGGAUCCAUAUGUUAAUGUGCGGCCACUGCUGAGUUCAACUGUGGAGGAUCUUUGUGAUCUCAUUCAUGAGAAAUUCAAUCUUCCUUUGGACUGUAUGAGAGUUGUGUCUGAGGGAAACUACAAUGAUCUGAAGCUGCUAGAUAACCCAAACAAAGUGCUAAAAGAACUUGGAUUCUUCAAAAACAGCAGGGUGUUUGUGGAAGCUUCUGAUAAAGAGGAAGAAGUCCAGUUCAAAGAUUCCAAACUGUUUAAAAUCCUAGAUGUAUUUCAGCACACUAUUCAACUGUAUGUUUUAUUACCAGAUCCAUCCAAAAAACCAUCAGAGAACACAAGCCGGUAUAUCUGUGAGACUGCAGUUGAUUCAGAGAGGAGUGAAAAACAAAGAGAAAAAAUUGUCCAUGUGGAUAAAAGAAUCACCCUUGGAAAGCUGAAGGAAAUUCUCCAGAGUGAUGUUGAAUGUUCACCAGAGUUUUUUAGGGUUUACAGAGUAUACUCAAACAGCCAAGAAAUUGAGUACAGCAAGUUAACUGACCCACUUACAAGCUUCAGUGAUGAUUCUAAGAUUCGGGUGAAGUACAGUCGUGCCCUCAAGAAAGGGGAGCAUCAGCUGAAAAUAUUUCUACUAAAUCCUACUGAAAAGGAGCCUUAUAAAUACUUUUGUGACUGGAUUGUAACUGAUGGUAUGUCGGUAAAACAAUGUAAAGAACUCCUGCAGCCAGAAAUCUGCGAAAGAUGUGGUAUUGAUGUACCUGUUGAAAAUCUCAGAAUGAGAAGAAAAAACUGGAAGAAUCCUGCAACAGUAUAUGUUGAUUCUCAGGUGUUUGAAAACCACAUUCAAGUGUAUGCAAGUUUUGAAGUGUUCUUGGAAAUAUUAGAAGGCCCUGAAUUAAUGACUUCAACAGAUCAGCUUUCAGUCUAUGUACGGCACUGGCAUCCUUCAACUUUAACACUUGAUCCUCCAAAAGAGGUGGUUCUGCAAGAAAGUGUAGUUGAUGAACUGAAAGCUGAAGUAAGCAAACUUGGUACUAUUCCCGUGGAGAAUUUGGAGUUGUGCAAGGGCCGUGGACAGUUUCCUUGUGAAAUGUCUGUUUUGGAGAUUCAUGAUGAGUGCGACUGGUCAAGUGACAUGACAUCCCUUGGAGCGAGUCCUCUGUUGAUAAAUGAUGAUGGAGCAGUAGUGUUUUUCAGGGAUAAAACAGAGAAGCUCAUGGAAAUAACAGAAGAAAAGAAGCAGGAAAUCAUGAAAAAAGAGAAUGCAAAAAGCAACAGCUCAAAUACAAGAAUUGGAAAAUUUUCCUACAAGGAAAGAGCACUAAAAAUUUACACUGAUGACAACAGGCCAAGCAACUGAAAAUGAACAGAGUACUCACUAAUUGAGCAGAAUCAAAACAACUCAAGAAACAUAGAACCACUUGCAGUGAUCAAGAGAAGAUGGACAGUGCACUGAUAUUGAUGACCAGUAUGGAGUUGCUCAUACAAUCAAUAAUGGAUUGAAGAAGAGCACAGAACAAUGAGAUAGAUAAACAAAUCUGUAGAUAUUGCAAACAACUCUGUUUAAUUGACGAUAAGUCAAUGAUAUCAUUCCUGGAAGGUAAAGAGGAUCUGUCCAUAAUUCUCAUGGAAAGGGGCCUAGCAGGUCAUUAGCUUUGUGUUUUUGUAACCUCACUUUUGUGUAUAAUGUUUGGUGUCUAGUAGAAGUGACCCUGAACUAACUAGUGUAUGUUAUCUUCAAAUGUAAAGCAUAGGAUAAGUAGACAACUUUGGAACUUAAACUACAAACAGGAGACCUUUAUUUCUGUCAUUUAGGUCAUCUCUUGGAGGAUUUUUCUUGGUUUUUUUUAGCAGGACAUGCACAAAUGAUUACAGCAGAGGUUUUUUGUAUAUUUCCUUUGCUAUUUUCUGUUGUGUGUGUAUUCAAAAUCUAAUUAUUUUUACAUCUGUUUUCUGCAGAAAAAAAAAUUAAAGCCUUUUGUUGUGAUCUAGAAUAAAGCACAAACAUUUCACAUGAUCUCUAAUCUGCAGUCACAGUGCUUUUUCAGAGCACCUUAAGGAACAUGUACAGUACAUGUAUCUUCCACAGUUUUCAAGUUUAGAUAAAAAUCCUUUUUGCUCAAGUAUGCAGUCCUAUACCAAGUUACAUGGACCAGGUUUAAGGGUGAUUUUAGAGGUGGCUGAUUGAAAUUGCAACUUGGUAAGGUUUUUUCAGGAUACCCAAGAUCAGUUAGUUACUCAAUUUGGGAUGUUUUAUGAAAUUGAAGUUCUUGAUUGUAAAUUAGGACAUUUUGAUACUUGUAGUGUACUUUAUUAUCUAGAACUAAAGGGGAACUGCCACACCAUGAACUCAAAUUGAGCAAUUUAACCGUUAACGUACAGAGCUGCAUUCUCUCUGGGGUUUUUCAGUAUUUGCAUUGAAUGCAUGUGAAUUACUUGCAAAAAUAUAAACAAUUGUAGUCAACUUCUGCCUUCAGAGCUCUGCUCAUUUUUUUUCUAAUUUAGAAAAAGAAAAAAAUUCUCAUAACAGCAGCGUUCAUAGGCAGUCUCAAAAUAUGAACCACUGGUUACUGAAGAUUUUUUACAAAAUGUUUCUUAACUGUUUUGGCAAUUGAUGGUAGCUAAUUUUUGUUUAUCUUUUUGUUACAAGUCUCUCAUAAUAACAACAAUCUAAGUAUUGUGAAUAGUAACUGCAGUGUGUAGAUUAGUUUCAAUUGAUUUAAUUGUCUUCAUUUUAUGCACUGAUUUUUCUAUUAGUACUAUCAUCUUUACAAAUAAAUUUCAAUUUAGGUCAAGCUUCUGUAAAUCUUGAAAACAACAGUAACAACAACAAAAAACAAUUAAAAGCUCUUUCUGUAAAUAGGGA